GUGUGCCUCGCGCCCCUCCCAACCCGAAACCCAAACCCCGCAUCUUCUACCACACUCCUCGCCGCCGCUCUCGCUACCAGCCCAACCCUCGUGCCGUUCACCCUAGUAGCAGCAACGCCUCUUCGCCCCAGCGCGCCUUCUUGUUCGUAGCUUCUUAUCCAGUAAAAAGCGGCGCCAUGGCGAGAGGCAGGCCGAAGAGAGGCAAGGCUAAGUCUAAGGGCACCCGGUCAGCGCCGAGGCCCGAGCGCAUGGAGACCGCUGCCGCUGUGCCUGGCGCGGAGGGCACGUCGAGACCUGCGGUGUGGCGGCCGGGCGUGGACGACAUGGAGGAGGGCGAGGAGCUGCAGUUCGACCCCUCCGCCUACAACUGCCUGCACCAGUUCCGCCUCAACUGGCCCUGCCUCAGCCUGGACGUGGUGCCGGACUCGCUGGGGGAUAACCGCAAGAGCUUCCCACACACACUCUUCUUUGUGGCCGGCACGCAGGCGCCAUCUGCAGAUGGCAACGUGGUGGCAGCAGUGCGGCUGGCGAACAUCACGAAGAUGCGGCACCACAGGGACGAGGAGGACGAGGACGGGGAGGGCGACGACGACGAGAGCGAGAGCAGUAGCGAUGAGGACGACGACGACCCCACCUCCAUGGGCGGCGAGGGCGCGGGCGUGUUCCGCAUCCCCAAGCCGGGCAAGCCCAUCAUGCAGGCCCGCAGUGUGGUGCACUACGGCGGUGUGAACCGCAUUCGCAGCAUGCCGCAGCAGCCGCACAUCUCUGCCUCCUGGAGCGACUCGGGUCGCGUGCAGGUGUGGGAUCUGACACCCCAGGUGCGUUCCCUGGCAGCCACUGCAUCGUCAUCAUCCGUGGCGGCGAGUGACAUCUCGCCCCCGGUGGCGCGGCAGGCGCCGCUGCACAUCUACUCGGGCCACGACGACGAGGGCUUCGCCAUCGACUGGAGCCCCGCCAACACUGCUAGACUCGCCACUGGCGACUGCAAGGGCGGCAUAGCGGAGUGGCGGCCAGUGGAGGGCGGCAAGUGGGUGGUGGGUGACACCAAGUUCAGAGGGCACGAGGGCAGUGUGGAGGACAUCCAGUGGAGCCCCUCUGAGCCUGAGGUGUUUGCGUCCAGCGGCGUUGACGGCACGGUGUGCUUCUGGGAUGUGCGCGCUGCCAGCCGCACUGCCCCCGCGCUCAGAGUGAAGGCGCAUGACGCCGACGUCAACGUCAUCUCCUGGAACAGGCUGGCGAGCUGCAUGGUGGCGUCGGGGUGUGAAGACGGGUCGUUCCGCAUCUGGGACCUGCGGCUGCUGAGGGAGGCGGGUGGGGGCAAGGAGGGCGGGGCGUUCAUCGCGCACUUCAAGCACCACCGCCAGCCCAUCACGGCCAUCGAGUGGAGCCCGCACGAGAGCUCCACUCUCGCCACCUCGUGCGCCGACAACCAGAUCACCAUAUGGGACUUGUCAUUGGAGCGCGAUGCAGAGGAGGAGGCGGAGUACGAGGCGGGGCAGAGGCAGCCUCAGGCAGAGGCACCCUCGGACCUGCCACCGCAGCUGCUCUUCGUGCACCAGGGUCAGACGGACAUAAAGGAGGUGCACUGGCAUCCGCACAUCCCCGGCAUGCUGCUCUCUACGGCUGCUGAUGGCUUCAAUGCCUUCAUGCCCUCCAACCUCUAGCUCGCCCCUCGUGUGACCCACCCACUACUGCUCGCUCGCUCGCUGCUCCCGGCGCUGUGCUUUCAAGCUAGGCCGCCAGGCAUUUAACACCCGCCUAGGGUUAGUUGUCAACAUAUAUUUGUAUAUGUUGUAGGCUAAAUAGGUGCAUGCUCAUAGAGUACAACACCUUAAGACAAAACCACCUUGUAUCACACAUUCUAGUUCAUUUGUUAACUCUGACAUGGUAUCAU